UUGGGCAUUUUUUCCGAAUCAUGCCUGAGCCCGCCAAGUCGGCGCCGGCCCCGAAGAAGGGCUCCAAGAAGGCGGUGACCAAGGCGCAGAAGAAGGACGGCAAGAAGCGCAAACGCAGCCGCAAGGAGAGCUACUCGGUGUACGUGUACAAGGUGCUGAAGCAGGUGCACCCCGACACGGGUAUCUCGUCCAAGGCCAUGGGCAUCAUGAACUCGUUCGUCAACGACAUCUUCGAGCGCAUCGCGGGCGAGGCGUCCCGCCUGGCGCACUACAACAAGCGCUCGACCAUCACGUCCAGGGAGAUCCAGACGGCCGUGCGCCUGCUGCUGCCCGGGGAGCUGGCCAAGCACGCCGUGUCCGAGGGCACCAAGGCCGUCACCAAGUACACCAGCGCCAAGUAACCUCGUCAACUGAUCUCUUAGCUCCGGCAGCUGACCCCAGGAGCAGUAUCCCGUGAUGGAAAGUGAACCUACCCUUUAAGCAUUAACAACCGACCAGACCACCCAGACCAGUUUGAAUUAAUCAGGACUCCGACCUGUGCGGGUGGACCAGUGAGUGACCCACGGAGUGACUUACAGUGACCUGUACUUCAUUAUCAUACUAAAAUCUGCCCACGGAGCACAAGGCUCAUUUCCAUAACACACAAUGUGAGUCGAGGCAUGUUUUUUAAGGCACAUGUGAGGCUAUGCCUGCCUAUACAUACAAGGACAAGGCUCAUCUUCCUACAUAUUCACCCUAACCCUACAUAAAAGGAACCCAUUCACCCUUGCCUGGGGAGUCAUGGUUUUGGAAGUUAUUCCCUGUGGUCUCCUUAUUUGCUGCAGAUAAAGUUUCCUUUGUGGGACAACUCACCUGGUGCAGUUUCUUUUUUAAGAUUUUAUGUAUUUGAGAGAGAAGAGAGCCAGGGAGUUGCUGAGGGAGAGGGACAAGCAGACGCCAUGCUGAGUGCAAAUCCCAGGGCUGGGUGCGAUCCCACAACAGGGGAUCAUGACUUGAGCCAAAAUCAAGAGUCGGGCACUUAACUGACUGAGCCACGUGGUGCAGUGUCUAUCUGUGAUUCCCAGGGGAAUGAACUCGCACAUGAGUUCCCCUACAAUGGUACAGGUUUUCAGUGUUUAUUUUGUGUAUUAUUUCUAAAAAACGGUCGCUGCGGUCAGUGUCUUCCAGUUUGCUUUAUUCCACAGGAGAGAAACCAGGCCUCCUAGUCCUCUUUGAUUCGGGCUGCAGCCUGCAAAUAAAUUGAUUAGGGACUGUAAGGGGGAAGGAGCAGAAUCCAGCCAAGGCAAGGGCAGGUCAUCAGGCUAAAGGAAGGACUGGUAACCAUCCUUCCCUCCUCUUGCCUCUGUCUCCUCUCCUCCUAAUCUCCCUACAACGCCCACAUGGUUUUCUUAUCAUUUCUCUGCACUAUUAUAAAAAAUCCUCACCAAGCCUAUGGAACUUGAAAUGAGUAGAUCAUUCAAAUUGUCUGUAAGGGAUAUAUGAAUAUCUACAAAUAUAGGAAAAAGUGCUCAAUUACAUUAAUCCAGAACAUUAGGGGGAAAAAAGCCUUAAAAGUAUGGUAAAGAGACAGCUUUCCUUUGUUUAAAACUUUUGUUUAGAAAUAUUCUGUGUAUCAUUUAGAAAUAUAAUGCAGAUUUCAGAUUUUUUUAUUAAUACAGACCUAAUACUGUACUAAUAAAUACAAAUAUUAGCAUUAGGUAUUAAAAGAUAGCUUAAUAGGCCACCCCAAAAUAUUCCACUCUGACCUAAGGUUGAUUUUGAGCUGAAGGCGUUUGAGAUGAAGCAGAGAGAAGAAACGCUCUUUGUCUUUCCGCUUAAUCGCCUAAAAGCAGGAAGCAGAUUUACAAAGCUGUCCCUCCUUCCCUCUCUACUAGGAGGGACAAAGGUUAAUCCCAGUGUCUGGGUGGGCAGUUAAUUUAG